AUGGGAAAGGGCUGCAAAGUUGUAGUUUGUGGAUUAUUAUCUGUGGGGAAAACGGCAAUUCUGGAGCAGCUUCUCUAUGGGAAUCAUACUAUUGGAAUGGAAGAUUGUGAAACAAUGGAAGAUGUAUAUAUGGCUUCCGUGGAAACAGAUCGGGGAGUAAAGGAACAGUUACAUCUUUAUGAUACCAGAGGGCUACAGGAAGGUGUGGAGCUGCCAAAGCAUUAUUUUUCAUUUGCUGAUGGCUUUGUUCUUGUGUACAGUGUGAAUAACCUUGAAUCCUUUCAAAGAGUGGAACUUCUAAAGAAAGAAAUUGAUAAGUUCAAAGAUAAAAAAGAGGUAGCAAUUGUUGUACUAGGAAACAAACUCGACCUCUCUGAGCAGAGACAAGUGGAUGCUGAAGUGGCACAGCAAUGGGCAAAAAGCGAGAAAGUGAGACUGUGGGAGGUAACUGUUACUGAUAGGAAAACUCUGAUAGAACCCUUCACUUUAUUAGCCAGUAAACUUUCCCAGCCUCAGAGCAAAUCCAGCUUUCCUUUGCCUGGGAGGAAAAACAAAGGGAACUCCAGCUCUGAGAACUGA